AAGGUGUAGGAUAAGACAAUUCAUCGCGGAUCCACCCCUCCACACACGGUCUUGACGUUAGUUUUAUGUGGCGAGGCAACGUGUUUGCUAACCGCUGAGCCCGCGUGGGCAACGUAGAUUAACAAUAUCUGUGUACGGAUUCUGUGAACGCGAGUGAAAGGGCAUUGCUAGGGAGCGGCUGGGCGGGGCACCAUGGCGGGGAAGGACAGCGAGGGUUAUGAGCAAGCUGGAGGUGCCCAGCCAGGCGGCCGUUAUCGGGACCCGUGGGGCCUGAUUGCAGUCAUCGGCGUGUGCGUGCUGGCGAUUGGCUUCGGCAUCGGCUUUGGUGUGGGCUGGGGCGCCUGGGGUGCCGAGAACGGCAGCGGCGGCGCCAGCUGCCCAACCUCCGUCACCGUCACACCGGACGGCUCCAGCGGCGCCGACGUAGACCUCAUCCGGCCCUAUGAGCCCCUGUCUGCCGCCGUCAUCCGCGGCGGCAACGCCCCCGGCGGCGGCAGUCCGGAGGCGUUGCUGCGGCGCAAGGCGGCCACUGAGGCGGUGAUGGGCCCCGCGUUCCAGGUGAUCACGCACGCGGUGGCUGCGCUGUCGGGCACCAACGUGACUGUGGAGGGACACGUGAUGCAGUCCUUUGCGAUACGCGCCUACGCGGACAACCAGGACCUGCUGUCGCGCCUGUACUACGCCGCGCAGAGGCUGCAGGUAUCGCCCAAGUUCCUGGCGUCUCUGUCCGACAUCGCCUCCGCCUUCAUCGACAUCUUUAAUUACAUCCGCAAAGGCACAGCCGCAGGCUUCGCCACCUCGACAUCAACCAGCGGCCACCACCACCACCGCAGCCUGCAGCAAACGACCACCAGCAGCAGCAGCAGCAGCAGCACGGGCAGCCGCAGCGCCAGCAACCAGCCACUGCCAGAGCAGCUGCUGGCCGCGUUCCUCACGGCAGGCCUGCAGGCGCCCGAGCUGCAGGGCGCGCUGGGCGGGCUGAGCAGCAUGUACGGCGACGAUCUCGAUCAGUUGGUUCAGUUGGUGGUUGAUGUGUACGUCGCGGUCCGGGACCUCGCUACAAAGAUCCGGGGGUUGUCGGACGCGAUGCGCGCCGCCCAUCCCGACCCGCCCGUGCGCAACAACACGGCGACGCCGCAGACUGUCGGCGGCCUCAACACGACCCUCAAGGUGACUGUGUCCGUGCGCUCGCCCAAGGUGGAGUUUGUGGUGGAGGACGACGGCACCUCCGGCUCCGGCCGCCGGAUGCUGCAGUCGAACCCGGCGCUGCCCGCCGGCUUCAGCCCCAAGGGCCCCGCCGACCGGCCCGCGCUGCUCAUCCCCAUCGCCUUCCACAUCAUGCUGUACGACAACGGCGACGGCACGUGGGGCCCGCCCGACUACCAGAACGCCGCCUUCAUGGCCGAGCGCAUGGUGCAGGUGGCCAACUACCGCCUGGCGCCCGCCAAGAUCCAACUGUUUGUACGGGAGAUCCGCAACGACCCAACCGCCUGGCCGUACCUGCGCCACGCCAGCCACGAGGCGUACAACGACUGCGUGGCGGACGGCGCGUUCUACUACGACAAGUGCGGCGAGGGCAUCCUGAUCAACUCCAAUGCGGUGGACUUCCCGCGCACCCUCAACGUGUUUGUGGUGGGCGAUGACCCAGUUUGGACCGGAUACGCCUUCCCACCGGGCGCCAACGAUGAGGUGAUGUGGGGCCACAUCGGCCUGUCCUGGAAGACCUUCAGUGUGGCGGGCGUGAACAACCGCGCUGCGUUCGAGGGCGGCGCCGCCACCCUGGUGCACGAGCUGACACACCACAUGGGCAUGAUGCACACCUUCAACGACGCGCGCACCUGCGCCGACGCCGACGCGCCGCUGGUGACCGACACGCCCAUCGUGCUGGGCCCCGUGUGGGAGCAGACCCGGUGGGCCCAGCAGGCCGCCAUCGCCUGCAGCAAGUAUUGGAGCAGCACGCUGUCCGCCAACUACGACCGCGCCAACGCGCUGGCCGCGACGCGGGUGGGCGCGGUGGGCGCGGAGGUCGCCAACCCCGCGUUCGACUCCUGCCCGCAGCUGGCGGGCGUGGACGAGCUGGGCAACUACAUGACGUACAGCUACGACAUCUGCACGAUGGCGUUCGGCCACCUGAGCGAAACGCAGAUGGCAGCCAUGCACAGGGUCACCUUCGAGUCCAACCCCACGCAGUACAACUGGGCGCAGUACUACGCCGCAAAUCCGCCCGCCGGCUACACGCCCAUCUCCCUCACCACGCCCUCCCCCAGCCCCUCGCCCUCCCCCAGCCCCAAGCCCUCUCCCUCUCCUUCUCCCUCUCCCUCGCCUUCGCCCAGCCCCAGCGGCAGCGGAAGCAGCGGCACCACCGGCGGCUGCCGGUCGACGUCGGAGACCGGCUGCCCCUGCAAGGCCACGUGGGACUUCGGCACCGCCACCUGCAAGGACUGCGCCACGGCCGUGCCGGGCGCCGAGGCCCGCGGGUCCUGGUGCGCCGUGGAAACCGCCUCGGGCAACUGCGGCACGCUGCGCGCCGGCUGGUGGGGCUACUGCACACCCAGCUGCGGCUCCACGACAACCACCACUCCCUCGCCCUCGCCUUCCCCCUCCCCGUCGCCUGCUGCUUCAACCCCGCCGGAGUGCGGCGGCGGCGCUCCCACGCGGCGCGGCUGGGCCUGCACCACCGCCAGGUGGCAGCUGUCGGGCGACGCCACCAAAUACACAGGCUGCGCCAACCCCAACAACGACGUAAACGGCGCCUGGUGCCCUCUAAACAAAACGCAGGCGGCCGCGGCCGGCUUCGCCUGGGAUUACUGCCAGGUGGGCUGCCCCGGCGGCUCCGCCCCCGCCGCCGCGACCACCCCCACCAUGCCCAGGAAGAAGUGCAGCUCCGGCUACACGGGCCUGCUGGCGGGCUGCACGUGCGCCGCAUUGUACGACAUCAAGUUUGACGCGUACGGCACCUCGUACACCGGCAUGAGCGGCUGUACGGCGUACGACGAGUCGGGCGGCGAGGGCAUGUGCGUGCUGACGGGCUGCAACCGUGCCGCCAACAACGGGAAAUCCAACACGUGCGGCUGCUCGUAAGGCAGGAUGCAUGCGCACAUGGCUACACGGGUAUGGUAUUUAGUCAAAGCUUUUCGGGAAUGUUCCAUGUGUGUGAAGAGGGUCGGUGCUUGAUGCGUGAUAUGAUGCAUACCGUACAUGUGCGCCCGCUUGUGCCUGCUGCUCACUAGCUCCAGCCAUUCCGACCCAAGGUGCCAUGACCCACCAUCAGUGGCAGGAAGUGCGUGCCGUACGGUGAUAACCUCGAUGCAGCCAUUUUGUGCUGAGAGAUUGUAUGGUGUUGAAUUGGUGUGAUGCCGCGCAGCGGCUGUGGCGGGGCAUGCGCUGUGGCGCCAGGCCUUCUGGCCAAAUUGAUGGGGGCGUUACGUACUUUAUUUGUUGCAUAUGCGUGCGUACGUGCGGUCGUGCGAUCCUGUCUUUGUCGCGGGCUUACCGGACAUACAGGCAGCCUGGGCGCAAACGGAAACACAGAAUACAGCAGCAGUUGCUGGCUCUCGUUGCAAGAUACAAGGGCGCAAUGUGCGCGUGGACGGCCCUUCUGGAUGACUCCUUUUGUGUGGUUCUAGUUACGUGCGCAACACGCAUGUGUGAUGGCGGUAGAAGUGGUGGUGCUAAGCGGACGGCAUUCAUGCGUGCGCCAUACAUGAGGGCAUGUUUGUGUUGUUCGAGUGCGUGCGAUGCCAAAGCUGCAGGAUUAUUGCGUGGUCAACUGUUGGGUGGAUAAUAAAGCUGGCUUGAAAACGGAGGGCGGCAAGGGGUGUCGCUGGAUGACACGGCACACGUGUGAUCGUACGUUUGGCAUGCGGCCGACUUGAUUGCAGCCGCGGUGCCGGCGGCGCGGAUGAGGCAUAUACACGGUACCGGUACUGCAGUAGGCGCACGCACGUAGGACAGUUGCACGAACGAAGACACAUCCGUAGGAGUUAUGUACCGAAUGUGGCUUAGAACUACUGCGUUCCGCCUACAGGAAGGAUGAAAGGGGCGGGAAAGGGGCGGGAAA